CUGUUGUGGAAGGUGUCAUGACGGCGCAUAUGGGGCAACACAAUCUGAGGCCCCAUUCAAUUGUGUUUUCUAUUGAUGGCCUGUCAGCUAAAUUAACUCCAGGGAAAAUGAACAAAGAUUUCAUAGAGAAACUUAGUCAGCUGAAUGAAAGUCAGCAAAAUAAUUCUCAUAGUAGAAUUAUUGGCACCAACAAAAAUGACAACAAAGAUAAACAAACAGUAUCAACAAGAAUGUUGCCUGAUGUAAGUGAUGCUGGUGGUUUUGAAUCCAGUGAUGAUGCAGGAGUUAUAACAUACAAUUCAACCACAAAAAUAACCAAAAAUGGGAAGAGGAAGUUAAGCAGCUCUUCCAACCAUGAUGAAAAUUCUCUCCCCAUUGCUUGGAAUCCCAAGCCUAAAAAAAGGAAGGAUGAAAACCCAGUCAAAUGCUUACUAUGUUCCAAGCAAUGUGAAAGUGCUGCACUUCUUAGAGAACAUUCAAAAAUCCACACUGUUGGGUUAAAAAGCCAGUAUGAAGAUUCUACUGAUGGAUAUAAAGAAGAUCAAGAUACAUAUGUGGGACUUGGAUAUGAACCAGAUGCGCAAAGUAACAGUUCCUCCCCAGUCUUUCCAUCAUUCAGUGAUGAAGUUUUAUCCCCCUUUCCCUCAACAUCUCAAAGCAGUAAUGAAGACAAUGUAGAAUGUAUGAAGAGCAAUGAUCACGGGUAUGGCUUUAUUACAAAAAACACUCCAACACUACAACCUUCAAAAACAAAAGGGCUCAAAAGACAACUUGAUUAUGCUUCCAAUAAGCCUGGUAAAGAUUGUAAUAAUCAUGGGGAGAUUGAGACUGGUACUAUGGCAGACAAAAAUGAUCGAAGUAGUACACAUAAACAAAGAUCCACCGAUGACAGACCAGCACCAAGUGGUCCAACUACAACCAAUGAGGCAAAUUUAAGACAAGAAAAGAAAAAAGAAAUUGAUACAGCAUUUAAAGAAGUAAAAGACAAGCUUAGGGAUAUAAGUUAUGGAAGGAUUGCAUACUGGAGACACAAAAAGUAUUUGCGUGGACAAGCAUCCAGAAUGGAUCUAGUUCACGAUGCUGCUAAUUUAUCAAAGGAUUAUAAUGAAAGUGAAAAGGAAUAUGUCAUGACUCUACUUCAAGCAGUCAAAGCACCAAUGAUAGAGCGAAACAAGCAAGAUGACUAUCGAUUAUUAGUACUGAUGCCAGUAGUCAUUGUACACAUUGCUGCAGAAAAAGAGAAAUGCGAAACAGAUGAAGAUUCUGAAGGAGGAAAAUUGAAAGCUGAUGAGCAAAAAUCCCCCCCUGAAGAUAUAAGUUUCAUAAUGUCUCCCACGCCAGAUGAUCUAUGUAUUGGACACUGGGUGGUGCUACCUGUAAAAGGGGAAGGCAAUAGCAUCCCCUGGAUAGGAAAGAUUAUAAGAAAAGCAAAACACACUAUAACAUUUGAAUGGGGUGAUAAAGCCAUGAAUGACCAAACAAAAUGGGUUGUAGGGUGCUCACAACCAAAAACCGCUUCAGUCAAAGUAAAAACCAUACUUGCAUCUUUUCCCUUUUCUAACUCUCAAAGCCCUUUUGCAUUUCCUAAAAGAAUUGAAAAAUUAAUGUAUGAAAUUUCAAAUAUUCCAAAACAUAAAUAUUUAUAAUUAUCACAAAAGCUUCCAC